GGACACCGUAAUUUACGUGUUUAUGAUUUUUUUGAUAAUUUUAUGCAUUAACAGGAUUUUCUUGUGCAGUACUUGACAACCUGAAUCGCGAGUUUGGCCCGGAGAUUCUUUGUGAUCUCGACAACUCGGGCUUUAGUUCUGCACCGUCCUUGUAGUGUUCUGCUUCGUGGGAGUUCUGGUAUAUUAUAAGCUAGAACUUGAUAAGGCAUUAUCUUGGCAUGGGAGUUGUGACUGUUUCUAGCUCAGCUGCUCGGACACCCCUAGGAUUGAGCACCAAAGUUUCAACUAAUCGCUCCGCGUUGAAAAGACCUUCAGUUGUUGCAUUUAAAGCUGAUAAAUCCAAUAACACCGCCCUGAUUGCGCCAAAUGAUCAAAUUCCAUUGCUCAUAGAAACUCCUAAAGAGCAUCGAAAGAAAAUAGGAAGAGCUAGCAAACCUACGAAGAGGGUAAAGUCAGUCUCUGCCAAUGAAGUUUCUCCGAGUAGCUGCGAAGUGGACUACAAUAAGGCUGCUGCCAAACUUGAAAGUAUAUACAAGCUUAGCCCCAAAGUUGAUACUUCUGACCUGGAACGUAUAGAUGGUGUGAAGAGGAGAGGCCGAAGGAGAAGGGACAGCGGUGUUGAUGACAAAGCAGAUAGCAGAACUAGUAAAGUCAUUGUCAGGAGCCGGAAAAGGAAGGCGAAGCGAUUGGAUCUUGAUAAAAGGAUUGCAUUGAGAGAGAGGAAAGAUAAGUUAGUGGAGGCAAUUGCUUCAGUUCGGAAGAGAAAAGAUGGUAAGGACGAACAUGAGAAGAUUGAACAGCUGGUAAGGGAGUAUUCAGGUGCAACUGAUUUGGGAAGUUUGGACUGGAAGAGGAUGAAAAUACCUCCUGUUCUUCCUUCCUCCGAGCAUGUUUGGUUGUUCAAGCUGAUGCAACCUAUGCAGGCACUCUUUAAGGUGAAAGAGGAAUUGGGAACAACGUUUGGGAGAGAACCAACGGAUGUUGAAUUAGCUGAUGCCACAAAUACGAGUGUUGCCCAACUAAGAAAAAAAGUAGAGGUCGGUCAAGCAGCAAGAAACAAACUCAUUAAGCACAAUCUCCGACUUGUGUUAUUUGUUAUGAACAAAUAUUUUCAAGACUUUACAAAUGGCCCCAAAUUUCAAGACCUUUGUCAGGCUGGAGUGAAGGGGCUUAUUACAGCAAUUGAUCGCUUUGAACCGGGGAGAAAGUUGAGGUUGUCCACUUAUGGAUUGUUUUGGAUAAGGCACACAAUCAUUCGUUCAAUGACGCUCUCAAGCUUUCAGCGUGUCUCAUUUGGCCUUCAAUCUGUUAGAGUUGAGAUCCAGAGAGCCAAACUUGAGCUGUUGAUUGAGCUCCAAAGAGAACCAACAGAGGAAGAAAUUAUCAAGAAAGUCGGGAUAUCACCUGAGAGGUACCAAGAAGUGAUGAGGGCAUCAAAACCUGUCCUCUCUCUUCAUUCAAGGUAUGCCACUACCCAACAAGAGUUUAUCAAUGGAAUUACCGAUGUUGAAGGAGAUAAUAAAAGACAACCUGCUCUUCUCAGGCUUGCUCUUGAUGAUGUGCUCGAUUCCCUGAAGCCAAAAGAGAGCUUGGUGAUCAGGCAAAGAUAUGGUCUUGAUGGCAAAGGAAACAGAACAUUGGGAGAGAUUGCUGGGAACCUAAAUAUAUCGAGAGAAAUGGUUCGUAAAUAUGAAGUGAAGGCACUGAUGAAACUCAAGCAUCCUGCUCGAGUGGAUUAUCUCCGCCAGUACAUUGUCUGAAUCGAUCAAUACCAACGUAUAUAGUUUGCUCUUUUGUCGUACUAUAUAGACCUAUGUGUAUCAUAGUAUCAUAGUCAUUUAUACCUAGAUGAACAUAGAGAAAUCUAAUACCAUGCUACAUAUAGUUGAAUAGAUCAAAGAUCACCCAGAUGUACUCUCUUCCUAUCUGCUAUAAUGUUUUGUGACACAUAUACAGUUACAGAAUAUAUCGUCUUUUCACAUCGUGCUCGCGUA